AGUGGGCGUGUCAUGUUGAAGUGUACUCAGUGCGCACUCCGGGAAAAAAAAAAAAAAAAAACCGAGUGUUUAAAAACUUUAUUCUGAAUAUUAUUAUGAGUUUAAAAAAGUAGUGACCCAAACAUGGCGAUCUGGACUCGAGCGGACCGGAACGGACAACUGGACCUGCUGCUGCGGGACCGCUGGGUUCGGGUCACCGCCGAACUCACGCGCGAAACUUUGACUUUGACGGCCGAGGGGGAACCGAGCGGAACCGAGCGCCACAGCCCUGCGCCCGGGACACGGAGCGCCCUGGCCAACGGGACCGACUCGGGGAACCAGAACCGCGCGCAGAGCCCGAACACAUCCGGGGAACAGGACCAUUUCAAACUGGGCGGAAGUAACGGGACAUCCGGAGAGCAGCACAUCCACCCCGGCAAGCUCAUCCGCGACAACGGAACCAGCUCUCCGGAGUUCGGGAGUCCUGCUUCGAGCUAUGGCAGCCCGGGAUCGGGGUUCGGUUCGAGACCCGGUGAUACCGCUGCAUCGCCAUCGGAACCGGUCCGGAAAGUUCGGGUGGUGAAACAGGAGUCGGGCGGGCUGGGGAUCAGUAUUAAAGGAGGUCGGGAGAACAGGAUGCCCAUCCUCAUCUCGAAGAUCUUCCCCGGCCUGGCGGCGGACCAGAGCCGCGCUCUGCGGGUGGGAGACGCCAUCCUGUCCGUGAACGGCACCGACCUCCGGGAAGCCACACACGACCAGGCGGUGCAGGCGCUGAAGAAGGCCGGGAAGGAGGUGGCGCUGGAGGUAAGGUAUAUCCGUGAGGUGUCUCCUCUCUUUAAGAAGCCGUCGCUUUUAUCGGAGCUGAGCUGGGACGGGAGCGAAGACUCUCCCAAACACAACAUGACCAAAGACAGGAAGAUCAUUCCACUGAAAAUGAGCUUCAUCUGCAGGAACCUCACCAUGCCUGACCUGGAGAACAGGUUGUUGGAGCUGCACUCUCCUGAUGGUCAGCACCUGGUGGUUCUGCGCUGUAAGGACACGCCCACUGCACACUCCUGGUUCACUGCCAUUCACGCCAACAUCGCCGCGCUGCUGCCACACACACUCACACACAUCAACGCCUACCUGAACGCCUCCAACACACACACACAGCUCAAACACAUCAGCUGGCUUGCAGAGCAGGUAACUAUGGAGAACGGACAUCACCAGUACAGGCCGGUCGUCAUGGCGCUGACAGAGAAAGAAAUCCUACUGUUUGACUCGGUACCGUGGACACGAGAGAGCUGGAGUACCCCACUGACCACACACACACUGCUGACCACCCGACUCGUUCACUCAGGCAGUGCUCGUGGUUCCCCAUCUUUAGGUUCUGAUCUGCUCUUCAUGACUCGGACGGGUUCUAGUCGCGGCGUUGAGUCUCAUGUGUUCCGUGUGGAGACGCACUGGGACCUGUCCUCAUGGACCCGAGCGCUCGUACAGGGGACACACGCUGCCGCUGAGCUCAUCAAAGAGGUGUCCAUAGGGUGUGUGUUGAACAGGGAGGAGGUGUAUUUGGUGCUGCACUAUGAGCGAGGCUUCACUGUGCUGCGAGGAGGAGGAGGAGCUCCUGUAGGUGGCGCUGUGCUCCUUCACUACCCCUACAACAAACUGCGCAACUCGGCGGACGACGCAGUCAGACUCCUGUACCUGGACUUCGGAGGGCCCGAGGGAGAACUGGUGUUUGAUCUGCACUCCAACCCAAAGCCGGUGGUGUUUGUUCUCCACUCUUUCCUGUCAGCCAAACUCGCACGCUUGGGCCUGAUCACGUGAAACAGAUGGAGAGAGUGAGAGAGAGAGAGAGAGAGUGUGAGAGUGAGAGUGGUGGGAAGUGAUGGAGGGAUGAAUAGUGUUCCAUAAAUACUCCUCCUGUUACAUACUCAUUUAUCUCACUUAAUGGAGCAUAAUAACGGAUUAUGUGAAUUCUCUUACAUUCAUGUGAACCCGUGUGUGUGUGUGUGUGUGUGUGUGUGUGUGUUUAUGGUUCAAGUUAACCACAUGUGCCUUUGUAUGUCUCAUCAGAGAUAAACAUUGGAUGACCACUAAAUAUGCAAAAUGAUUGUGUGUGUGUGUGUGUGUGUGUGUUCAUGACUCGGACUGUUACUGUCUAUGAAUGUGUGUGUUGGUCAGUAAGGCAUUCCAGUGCAGGAUUACAGCUCUGUGUGUGUGUGUGUGUGUGUGUGUGUAACAGCUAUCACAUGAGUCUCUUCUGCACAGAUAUAAUGCUAACGUCCUCUGAUUGGCUGUUAGAGAGUAACUGACCAAUCAGAGCGGCGCUUCACUCUGCUGAUGGUCACAUGGAGCGGACGUUGGCUGUGUUUUUUGUAAACGUUUUAUUUAUACGGCACUUAAACAUCAAAAGAGCUUUACGGAACAAUUAGAACAUUUUAAAUGACAUCAAAAGAACAACACCAUUCCGUGAUGAAAGCGUUCACUGAUUAAAUUGCGAGCGAUCAGGAUCGGCUUGUUGUUGAUUGAAGUGUUGAUGUAAAAUAAAUAAGAAGUAUUUAUCGUUAAUGAUGGUGAUGGAGAGCUACUGGAGAUCACAGUGCACUUAUGCUGCGUUCAGGACCAACUGGGAACUAACUGGGAAGUUUCUGAAUUUCCCAGUAGGAAAGAUCUGUUUGAACAUCAAUCCAACUCGUAAUUCCUACUCGGAAUGUCUGGGUUUUUCCAGUUGUGAUUCCAUGAUGUCACUUCAACAGGGCGGGGCUCAUUGUGAAAAGGAGGAGGAAGGAGAAAUAACAAUGACUUAAGGUUUUUAAGCUUCAUUGUUUAAUAUUCUUUAUUAAUUUGUUAAAUACUUUGAGAAGAUGAAAAGUUAAUUCACUUUCUCUAAGACUCUUUAAUCAAACUGCUGUUUCAGGUCAUUUUCGGCGCUCUUUAACAGCAAGUUAGCACUGAAAAUAAUUACACACCAACCAAACAGCGUUUUAAUUCCACUUCUUGUAGACCGCUUGCAGUGAGCAUUUGUUUACAGCCACCUGAAGUUGGAAAUUAAUGUGGGAAGGAGGAGGUGCUGAGAAAAAAUGUUCCAAGAUGAAGAAUUCCAAGUUCCCAGUUGUCAUAUACGCAUCAUCAUCAUCCAAAAAAAAAACCACUUUGAGAAAGUCUUUCGUCCACGCUGCAGCUGCUCCUCUUUAAUGCUUCUUCACCUGUUCUUCUGGAGAACUCAUACGGUUCUGUGUAGAACCUUGUAACCCUUUUCCCUCUCAGAGAGACCCGUUUAGAAACCUACGAAUGCGUAUUCAAUUCCCGUCCUGCACCCAGUGUUCCCAGGACAGACUACGGAUCCAGCACUACCCUGACUGGGAUGAGAUAAAACAACAGUUUUACUAAUUUCUGAAAAAUCUGGGCAGAAUAAAGUGAAACCUGUGCAUGCGUUAGAACUUUAUUAAACAUUCCACACUUCAAUCAUCUACAGGCUUUAUAUCCAAUAAAGAACAUCCUUUAGUGUCCACAUCAGGCCUCAUGGAAAGACUGGACUCAUUAGUCUUAAGCUGCCAGUUUCUCGGAUCAGUUUUCCGACAUUCUGUAUGUGACUGUGGAUUAAGGGACCCUGUUUAUGAAACGUGGGCGUGUCCUGAGAGGGAAUAUUGUGAUAUUUAGACAUUCCAAAGGACAUUUAUUGAUUGUCAGUUAUCAGUGACAUGGGCGUGUUCCAAACCACACUCACUAUAUUAGCUGAAUUCCCCUAACUCCUGAAUCCCCCCCCCUUUGUUUUGAGGUGGGGUACAUUUUCUCGAAGAUUCUGUGAACCUUACACACGCAGGUCAUGUGGCUCCUCUCACCUGACGAGGUUAUUCAGUGUGUGACCUCACUGCUGUCGUUAAUCAGGAAGUCGACGCCCACAGAGAUCAUCACUGAUAAAGUAGUGUACUUGGUUGUGUGUGCUCUUUUUAGUGGCCUUAGACGUUUCCUCAGAGCUGAAGCACAGCGAGCAUAUCAGACCUCACCCAGUGCGUUGUGUGUGUGUGUGUGUGUGUGUGUGUACUCAGUCUCUGAGAGAAAACUUCACCUUGUUUCCACCAUGAUGUAGAUUAAAAAAAUAAAACUGACUCUAAAGUAAAACUUGUUCACGAGGUAUUAUAACAAGGAUCAUUCCAUGAAACUGACCAAUCAGAUGUUUAGUAGGAUAAGCUCCACCCAUGAUAGCUCCUGCUUCCUGUGGUGGGAAAGUGAUCCCCUUCACUGAACUGAGCUGAUGUGAUGCGAGUGUGUUCCUGCUAAAUAAUCUAACAGUAUACAAGGAGAUGUACACCCCACACACACACACACACACACACACACAGAGCAGUGUGAGGCUGGAAUGAUGAAUGUACUGAAUGUUUGUACUCACUGCUGAAACAGUUUAAUGUCAUUUUAGCAUUUCUCUUGAACUCUCUUGUCUGUUUUUGAAAGUAAACUAGUUUCUUUAAACUGUGCUUUUUUUCCACACCAAAGUUUUGUACAUGUGGCAGCUUUGCGUUCACACAAUCAUAAAAGGAAAAAAGAGAGAGAGAAUAUUAACACAGAGCACAUGCACACACUGCCGCUGCACGACUGUUCAUACGGAUAUAACAUAUGCAAUGUUAAAUUCUCUCUAUAAUAUGUAAAUAAAUAAAUACAGCAUAUAAAUAAACAACUGUUACACAUUUACAGCA